AAAAUGGACUGAGCUCGACCACAACUUCCCCCUCCUGCUCUACCCUGGCUUUCUUUGUAACACUGCGUCAUCACUACACUUAACCAAUGGACUCGUCAGCCCUGCUCAACCGAUGUGCUGGUUACUGACUGAGCAGUCUGAAGUCCGGUAAAAAGAGCUUGUUGCCGCUGCCUACUGUUGUGGUGUGUCCUGUUGUAUCCUUGUUGCUGUGACAAUGGGAGGCAGAUUCCAGGUUCUUUCAGCUCUUCCUCUGUGGUUGAGCUUUGGCAGCGCUGCGGCCCUGGUUGAGCCUCAGAUCUGCUACAUCUUGGACACCAUCUUGUUUCUGUACGGUAUCAUCCUUACUGUGCUAUACUGCAGGAUCAAGAUGGCUCCGGUGACUGGGACAGCAAAGCCAGUGAAUGCAGAGGAGAGCAUCUAUACGGGAUUGACUCCUCAUUCUGCAGACACCUACCAGACCAUCGGUCAGAAGAAAGGAUUGCACUAGUCGGGGAUGAGUUGAAGAAAGAGAACGUUUGGACUCUUUACAUUUGUUAAAUCACUUUUGUCUUUCCAGGCAUUUCCAUUGCAUCUUAUGUAUUUUAUUUAACAGCUUUUGAGCGAAAAUGUAACGGUUUUUAAAAACAUUUAUUUGCAAUUCA